CACCGCCCGAUGUCCGAGUUGGAGCGCGCCAAGGAGGUGGAGAGCAUGAAGGAGAGCCUGGCUGACAUGCUGACGAACGCGCACGGCCUGAGGCGGCAGAAUGACAAGGAGCGUGCGAGGCUCACCGAAAUGUGGGAGUACUACGGUACGAAUGCCUUGUAAGGGGGGAGGGGAGGGAGGGGCGGGGUGAUGGACGAACGGGGAGACGCCUUCCUUUCUCUGUGUGUCGACUGAGUGCAGAUUGCAAGAAGAGAGCUUUGAAGGCAGCACUCGAAUUGCAGGAGGUACGUCGAACGAAGCGCAGUCACCUCACAAUGGCAUCAUCCACCAUGCCCUCUCGUUUCUGUCAGGAUCACCGUUAUCAGUACGUCCAGCUGGACCGUGAGGUGCAGGCCAUCAAGGAGGCCGUGCACAAGGCAGAAAAACAACUCAGAGACGAAGACGUCCGGCUCCGUCAGUCCGUCUCCGCCCGCCAGUCGGAGCUCACGACUCUCCGCCAUCGGCUGGAGGAGCUGCAGCAGCAGAUAGAGCAGCGCAGGAGCCAAAGACACGAGGCGCAAAACGACACCGCAGUCCAGAGGAAGAGAUUUGAGUUGCGUGUGCGUCAUCUGGAGGAGGAGCUGCAGCUGCUGGGAGAGAUCGCAACGCAGCGGAGAGAACAGCAGCAGCAGCAGCAGACGGACGGUCAGUCAGUCAGUCAGUCAUGAGGGGACGGGCGGGCAGCGCAUCCCAGUGAAUCGGUUUGCCUGCCCUUCCUCACAUCUCUGUUUUAGACGCGACAACCACGGGAGAAUCGCCGGUCGUGCUGCGCGAGAGAUACCAGGUAUGGAUCGGAUCCAUGCGGCUCUGGCGGCGUAAGUGUGUAGACAUAUAUGUGUGUGUGCACAAAUCGGUGUGGGUGCAGAUGCUUCAGGAGGACAAGGCAAUGCACCAGGCUCUCAUCGCUGAAGAGGACCUGAGACACAGGCUGCUGGUGGCGUGGCGGGAGCGAUGCAAACGUCUCACGCUGCACCUGCAGGCACGCAGACGCCUCUAUAGACUGGUACGGUACCUACGUGUGGCAGACAGCAAGCUUCCUCACUUGGCUGGCUCUGUCAUCUCUCUCGCCAUUCCCUCUGUUCCAGGCUCUCGAUCGUCUCAAGGGUUCUCCAGGUCACCCGGCCCUCAUCACGUCACCCUCACCCACACACACAACCACAGCGAUCCCGCCCCUCCUCACCAUCACCGGGCCAACCCCUCACUCUUCCUCUGCUCGCCCGGCAUCCAGCCCACCCGAGCCCCCACACCCACACUACCCGCGGUCGACCCUGCUGCCUGUGCGGCAGCCGAGAGACCACCCCACACAGAGGGGGCAGGACUACCAGUCGCUCCAUCCAUGUGCGUCGGGGUAUCCCAAAUGGUCGCUUCGUCAGGGGUUUCGUUCGGUGGACGGCACUGCGGGCGCCCCGAUGCACAUCAGAGCACACCAACGCUUCAUGGGGGGCAUGUUCGACUCACCAGGUGGGCAGUGCAGUGCAGCUGACGCGCCAGCCCUGGAUUGGAUCUGUGCAUAUCCCUUUGUCUGUCUGUUGUGAUGUGCAGGUGAGAGCCACUACCCUGCUCUGGACACCAUUCGGUGGCGUUCGAUGCCCAAGCCCGGUCUCGGUGCGCCUCCUGCUCCCCUGCCCGUCGUCCCAUCGCUGUCGCCAUCACCCGAGUUCUUCAGUGCCGUAGAGGACAGCGAGUGGGCCAGAGAGCCGCCGACAGCCGCAAUGUCAGUCAGCUGACAAAUUUGGCACACACGAGAAUCCUCUACCAUCGAACGUGAACACCGUGUGUUUGCCUUCCUUUUGCUCGUUCCCAGAGCACUAUUGUCGCCGCCAUCUCCGGCCGCAUCAGCACCUCUGCAAGGCAGCAGCGUCGAGCGCUUCUCCGCCGCCCUGGAAGAGAUGGCCUCCCUCGCGCCAUCGCCAUCGACACUCAGGGAGCCGCCGUCGCUGCUGAGCGGGGCCGAGGGGUCCAACGACCCCAGUGCCCCUUCGCCGAGCAUGAGGCGUGACGAGGCUGCCGAGUGGGCGGGGUGGGGCGAGAUGAGCCGGGAGGUGCUGGUGGGGGAGGUCGAGAGGUAUGACCGUCUGAUCGGGGGGCUCAAGGCCGCUGAGAAAUACCUGGCCACAUGGAAGGUGAGGAUGACGUUUGAACGAGGGGGUGGCAGAGAUGCGGGCAGGGAGGAUGUUGCUGUCUUGGUCUGCUUGGUUGUCUUUGUGUCAGGGCAAGAGCGAGGCGCUUGAGCAGAGCAUCCGCACCCUGGUCAAGGAGCACAAGCCGUCGCCUUUCUUCCUGGUCAACACACUCACCACCGCCACAGCCACAGCCACCAUCGACACAGCCGCAGAGCCCACCCCCCCACCCACAUCGCAACCUGAGCCCCUGCUCAUUCGGCAGACAGAGCAAGCUGAGCCGAGUCCGCUGACCCGGAUGCCAGCUCCAGCUCCCCGCGCCGCCGAGCCACCGGCAUCGCCUGACGCCUCCCCGUCUGUCCGCAUGAGUGCUGACGACAUCGCCCCUCAGCUGCAGCUGUCGUCAUCCAUAUACUUGCCCCACGGCGACACACCGAUGGGCGCAGACCAGCAGCGCCGGCCGUCUGUGCGCAUGGAGUGGCCCGCGACACCUCCUGCCUCGUCAAGUCGACUGGGGCUCCUCGACGGUCAGGACAGUGGGGCUUUCCUCGAUGCGGCCGAGUCGACAGGCGACCCUGCUGUGCCACACGUUGGCGGCAUGGGCGCGGGCAAGGCCCUGGCUGGCUCGGGGAAGUUCCAGCUGCUUCAGGAGGAGGUGACGGAGGUGGAUUUCGACUCCCCCUCGCCCGGCGUCUCCGCACGGUCCUCAGCUGAGGCGCUUAGCGGGCCCCCUCCCGUCGCCAUGCCAGUCAAGAUCACCACAGCAGCAGCAACGGGAGAGGCGAGGAGCGCGCCAUCGCCUCUGCCGUCGCCGAUACAGGCGCAGACGGACAAGGCACUGGCCGAGGUCCAGGGGCUCGCGGAAGCCCUCACCGUGACAGAGCGCUACUUCACCCAAACGGCCAAGCCGGUCCCCGCCUCCUCCCUGAUGCCGCCCUACAAGCACCAGCGUCGAGCAUCCGACGUCGCUCCCGCCACGCUCCCACGGUCGGCGCUGCUGAGGAGGGAGGGGGGCGACACGGCCGACGCCAAGCUGGCGGGCACCGCAACGUCACUCCAGCGAUGGUUUGAGUAUGAGGAGAGCCAACGGGCGGCGGAGAGACACAUGGACGACCUGCCGUCAGCCUCGUCCAGCAUCUACCUUCCGCCUGCAGAGGGGCGACCCAGCCAAAUGGCGCCAGUCAUGCCGCCGCCAACCGUGCAGCAGCCGGAGCCCGCCCAGCGGCAGCCAGAGGCGGCCGUGCACCACGUCAGUCAGGAGGUUCAGCCUGCCGUGGAGGCAGGGAGGCCGACGGAGGAGCCGGCCAAGACGACCACCAAGAGCAAGGGGAAGAAAAAGGGCAGCAAGAAGGCAAAGAAGACCGACGCACCGCCAAUAGAGGCCUUCCAGAACGGCUUCGACAUGCCGGCGUUCGGCGAUAUGUCUGCAUCCGCAGCAGCAGCAGCAGCAGCAGGAGGGGGGUUUGAGCAUGGCGGUGUGGACUCGAGUGCUGCCGCGUUUGGCGAAGGCUUUGCGGCCUCUGGUGCUGACGCCUUCGGGGGCGGAUUCGGACAGGUGGGUGGGGCGGGAGAGAAGGAGGGAGCAGACAGCCACAGAUACUCACACUGACUCCUGGAUACCUGUGCUGUGUCUUAUCUCUGCUGUUCGUUCGAUCAGGGAUUCUCGAGCUCGUUCAAGGGCGGCGGGUUUGACUCAUCUGCUUUCGACCAGUCGUUUGCACAGCAGGGCUCCUGAAGGAACGAGCCAUCGAUCGAGUGAUCAAUGAAUUGAAGAGGGAGGGAGGCAGAGAGGCAGGGCUGGGCUGGGCUGGGCUGAGACGUUUGCAAAUGUUGCUUGGUUGGCUUGCUCUUCCUAUGACGUUUGCUGCUGCUGCCGUUUCUGCGGUUGGUCGAGCGAAUGAACGAGAGUCUGUCUAUUGGUGGAUGGAUGUGGUGUGCAAGUAUGGGCUUCUGAAGGCUGGUCGGCUUGGUUGACU